AUGUCACAAGCUUCAAGCAAGUUGCCGGCCGGCGGCUUCGGCGGUGACGUGCGCGGGUGGUGCGCUUGGAAGCAACUGUUUCCCUCGCGAUCUGUGGCGACCGGAACGCCAAAUCACAGAGCAGGCACCUUCGCACCUCCAAGGAUCAGCGUUUUGAGUGUGCAGGGCACAAUCUUUCCACGUCCGUACGUAGAGAUGGUCUGCGAGCUUCCGCAGUCGUUGCAUGCCAGCCAGGACGAUGCACGACUGCGUCUGCUGAGGGCGCUCCUGCGUAGAAGGACCUUGCACGAGCUCGUCAGAAGCCAUCCGAAGCUUGCUCUCGCUCUGCAUGCUGCCAGGGCGCGGCUCAUGCUGCAAGGAACAAGUGUCGCGACCAGCCCAAUGGUUCCCAUGGAGACCAGUGUCACCAGCGACGCCCCUGCAGCUACGUCCCCCGAGCAAGGGGCAAACGAGCAAGGCUGGGACGCUGCAGUGAAGGCCGCGUGCCAGCCCCCAAAGCCUCACGUCCCAGUGGAGGCCGAGACGCUGCACCAGCUAGGGGUGCUGGAGCUGCUGAUCCAGCACUCUGCGCUGCUGUUGCGACUCACUGCGCGCAUGGCGGCGGCGGCGGCUGCCGCGGCCGCGGCGCGGCAGCCGGCACCGGGGCAGGACAGCCACAGCUCGCAGUGCGCCGAGACGGUCUGUCUCGCUGACGACGCCGCGUCACAUUGCUGCCGGGGCGGCCGUUGCAAGCGUGCAUGUCCCGAAGCCAGCGACGACGGCUGCGAAUCUCCCAAUGCCCAAGCGAGGAAGCGGGCCCGCCAUGGAGCCGGCUCGGAGCCUGCGCAUGACGCGCCAGUUCAUUCUUCCCGCCACCCGCUCGCCACCCGCGCUGUUCAGACGAUGGACCUGACAGACACUCUGCUGGACCCACAGGGCGAAGCGCGCCAGAAUAAGGCUCUAGCAGGCGACAGCCAUGAAGACAGUGCAGGCAGCAGUGGGGAGUAUCAGGCCUCGGGAGCGGAUGCCAGCAACACAGAGACGAGUGAGAGUGAGCCAAGCAGUGACUACGAUGCUGAUCUUGAGGAUGACGCAUCAUCUUGCUGCUCCUGA